CACCAGAAAUCGCUGGUACCGUGUCAACAUCGAGAAACUUUUAAAUCUCUUCGGGUGUACAUACUGUGGUUUCAUCGCUGCAGUGAAUAUACAGAUCGUGUGGCUUUAUUUCAGAAGACAUUCAACAAAACUGUGUGAUUAAAAGGAGCAGUGCUUGUGAUGUCCAGAUUUCCAGUUGAACCAAAUGAAGGUCGAAGACAAGUAUUUCCAAACAUGAAGUCAGACAAAGUUUCUUUGCCCAUGGGAACAGGGGGCGAGACGAAAGAGGAGGUUUCACUGCUUGGCAUUGAUCUAUCCAACCUCUCACGGAGCAUGCAGUUUAUAAUUCUAACUGUGGCAACCUUCUUCUUUUACCUCAUCUAUGGCUAUCUUCAGGAGCUAAUUUUUCAACUAAAAGGGUUCAAACCUUUUGGCUGGUACUUGACAUUGGUGCAGUUUGCCUGCUAUACACUGUUUGGACUCGCUGAGCUGCAGUUUAAGCAGGACAAGAGUAGAAAGAUACCCAUGCAGGCCUACUGGUUACUGGCCUUUCUGACGGUAGCCUCGAUGGGAUUGUCUAACACAUCGGUCGGCUACCUCAACUAUCCCACUCAGGUGAUAUUCAAGUGCUGUAAGCUGAUCCCAGUACUCAUUGGAGGAAUUCUCAUUCAAGGAAAGAAGUUCAACGCUAUCGACAUGACAGCAUGUCUAAUGAUGAGUAUUGGGCUUGUCCUGUUCAUGCUUGCAGACUCGAGUGUCUCGCCAAACUUCAACCAGUAUGGUGUCAUACUGAUAUCUCUUGCCCUGUGUUCUGAUGGAGCCAUUGGGAAUGUCCAAGAGAAAACACUCAAGAAGUACAGUGCCUCAAACUCAGAAAUGGUGUUGUAUUCCUAUGGAGUUGGCUUUCUCUACAUUUUGGUAGGACUCAGCGUCAGCGGCCAGAUAGUUCCAGCGUUUGUUUUCUGUCAGGACCAUGUAGUGAAGACCUACGGCUAUGCAGUCUUGUUCUCCAUGUCUGGUUACCUGGGUAUCAGUGUCGUCCUCACCCUGGUCAAGUCUUUCGGGGCACUUGUAGCUGUCACAGUGACCACAUGUAGGAAAGCUGUUACCAUCGUCCUCUCGUUUCUCUUCUUCACAAAACCAUUUACAUUCCAAUAUGUUUGGUCGGGUCUGGUGGUGGUGCUGGGGAUCUACCUCAACCUGUAUAGCAAGAACAAGGUGUCCUGGGACCAAAAGUUUAACAAGUUCCUCCAGAGGUGGAGACUACGACCCAGGGAGUUAGAGGCAGAGAAUAUUGUCUGAUCUGUGAUACAUUUGUGGGAAUGUACAUUUUCUAUGGUUUUUAUUGUGGGUUAUCAAUGGAUAUCAAAAUCCAGGUAAAGGCGGCAUCAGAAUGCUACAUGAGUGUUUUGAAAAGAUGUUGAAAUCAUGAACAGUGAAAUCCUCAAUUUGUUCAUCAUGUUGGGUACCUGUUCUUGUGGGUUUCACUAAGGUAUUAAACCUCGGACACCUGCAUCAUGUCCAGCUGUCCUCCCACAUCAAGCAAACACACUGUGAUAUUAGGGAC